AUGAGCCGCUACACAGUCAGCCUGGUUCGACGAACACGCAGACCGAGGCUAACAGGGUUCGGUAUGUUCGGCAGUGAUCGGCAAGAACGAGAAUUCAAGAACGAAGUAGUCAGCGAUCUGGAGUACGAGAGUGAAAUAAACGUGAAUUACACCGCGUACCAGACCGAAAGAAACAGAUUGGUUUCCCUUUGUUACAUCGAACGCUUGAAUACGGAUUUAAGCUUGAACAAUCGCAAUCAAGGACGGUACAGGUGUGCCGCAGGAAACGUCAAUGCUGUAUCCUGUGUUGAAGGCCUGCAAUUGAUCGAUGAUCUCUUCGCGAAUGAACCCUGA